AUGUCGGAAAGUGAAGAUUUGGAAUCAUUCAAAGUCACUGAAUUACAAAAUGAAUUGAAAAAACGUGGACUUGAUAUCAAAGGACGCAAAGCAGAAUUAAUUACUCGUUUACGUGAAGCUAUGAAUAACAAUACCGAAAUUAAUGAAACAUCAGCUGGUAAUCCAGAUCCCAGUGAUGAAGAAUCAGCACCACCUAUUGUCAAAGACGAUACUUCUUCUCCAUCAAGUGCUAUUGAAGAUGACGACGAAGAUGAUGGACAAGAACAACCGUUGCCACAAUCGAUUCCUGAUGUUGUCGAGUCAGAAAAUAAUCCACCAACGGAAGAAAUGGAUUCAACAAGUAGUAAAAAACGUCGUCUAACCGAAGAAGAAGAAGAAGAGGAAGAGAGAGAAAACGGCGAAGGUGAAGAUUCGAAAGUCGAAAAAAUGCAAGAAGAAGAUAAUGAUAAUGAUGAAUUAUCAAAACAACGACGAAAGAAGAAAAGUCGUUGGGGUUCAGAACAAGAUGAAGACGAAUCUCCAGAAAAACAGACAGCUUCAACAAAGCGAGCAUCGGACGAUGACGAUAAUGUUGAUAAUAGCAGCACAACAAGUAGUAGCAGACACCGAGAUCGUGAUUACCAUCGCUCAUCAAGACACGAUGAUGAUCGACAUUACAGUAGUCGACGUUCUGAAAGAUCACCGGAAAAAGAAAUUCCACUUCCAGAAGAAGAAAUAGUACAGUUCAAUCCAGGCGAUGUGGUCUUAGACUUUUAUACAUCUGACUUAACUUUGACAUUUGCAACCGAUUGUUUAUCAGCGUCGACUAAAUCCAAUGAUGCACUAUGUUUUCUAUGGGCGGGUACACGUGCUACUUACGGAUUCAAACAAGGAAAGAUUUGCUAUGAAAUUCGAGUUACUGAGAUUAUCGAUUGUCCCGAUAUGCCUGGUAAUGAAAAGGAAAAGUUCGGUAUUCGUGUCGGCUGGUCAAAUUUAUCUUCCGGUCUGCAUGCACUUCAAUUAGGUGAAUUCAAUGAUUCGUUUGCGUAUACUGAUGUUGGAAAGAAGAUGAGUAAAUUCAAUGACGAAAUAUCUGAAGAUUCAUAUGGGGAAUCAUUUGGUCUGUCGGAUGUUAUUGGUUGUUACAUUGAUUUGGAUGGAAAUGAGGAGGAGAAUAAAAUUCGUAUAUCAUUUACUAAGAAUGGACAAGAUUAUGGUCAAGCAUUUGAAUUAGACAAAGCGAGUUGGUCUAGUGAUAAUAAUAACGACGCAGAUCGGCUCGUAUUUUAUCCUCAUAUUUUAGUCAAAAAUGUUAAAUUUGAAUGUAAUUUCGGGCAGUCAGAAAUUCCAUGGUCAGAAGUCAAGACUGAUUAUAUCUUUGCACAAAAAGUUCCAUUGAACGAACGAAUCCGAUCGGCAGAACCAAUUGUAGAAAAAACUGAUUGUCAAGUUGUUCUACUGUCGGGUUUAAGUGGAUCAGGCAAAACGACAUGGGCAAAAAAAUACAUGGAAGAAAAUGCAACUAAAAAUUUUAAUUUAAUCAAUGUAGAAUAUGUUCUUAGUAAAAUGACGGUGGAUGGAAAACUACCAACGGUCAAAGAUCGUAACGAUGGGUUGAUGUUGCGUGUCAAUGUCUGUUUACAAAAAUUGAUUGAAAUCGCGGCACAACGUCGACGAAAUUACAUUAUUGAUCAUGUAAAUGUGAGUCGAGAUAUCCAGUCAAAACGACAGCGAUUAUUCACUGGAUACAAUCGGAUAGGUGUAGUCAUCGUGCCCGAUGACGAUGAACUGCGAUCGCGUAUUGAAAAAAUGGAACGGUUAGAGAAUAUAUCUAUACCUUCUCAUUGGAUCCGAGAAGCGAAAGCGAAGUUUCACUUUCCGCAAAAAAGCUCAUCUUUAGAAGAUGUUAUAUAUCCAGAAUUAUCUUACGACGAUGCAAAAGCUUUAUAUGAUAAGGCUCGUCGGGAUUAUGAACAACAUCGUUCAUCGUCGUCGCGUUAUGAUCGAUAUGAUGAUUAUCGUUCGUCACGAAAUGAUCGAAAUCGUUAUGAUGAUAGAGAUCGUGGCAGUCGAGAUCGAGAUCGACAUAAUCGAUCGCGUUCACGAGAACGUGGAAGUCGAGAUAGAGAUCGCGACCGGGAUCGAGAUCGUCGAACAUCUCGUGAAGACUCACGUUAUUCAUCAUCUCGUCGCAAUGAUAACUAUGGCGGUGGUGGCCAUAAUAAUAAUUAUCAGCGCGGAGGUGGCUACUCACGCGGCGGUGGCGGCUAUUCAGACUAUCGACAAGAUUCGAGAAAUAAUAAUUACAACCAACGCGGUGGCUUUCAAGAAGGAGGUUAUCAUGGAAGAGGUGGCAAUAAUUAUAAUAAUAAUCAAUCGAAUGAUGGAUGGCGUGGCGGAUUCCAUGGACAACAGAGAAAUGAUUACGACGGUGGUAGUGGUCGUGGCGGUCAUCGCGGUCGAGGAGAUUUUCGCGGUGGCAAUCAAUUUAAUAAUCGAGGAUCAUAUCACGACAAUCAACGAGGCAAUAGUGGUGGAUAUCGUUCAGAUUUCAAUAAUCAACAACGCGGCCGGCAGUUUAAUGAUUAUGAUAAUAAUUCUCAACGGCAAGGAGGUGGUGGCUAUAUGCAAAAUAACAAUAAUAGCUUUAACCAAGAUCGACAAGGAUUUGGAAGCCGAUCAUCGAUGCAACAACAACAACAACAACAGCAGCAGCAAAAUCCAUUUCAAAAUCAGCAACAGCAACAACGUCCGCAACCAUUGCUGCAAAAUCCGCCAUCACAUCAGCAACAACAACAACAACAACAGCAGCAACAGCAAUUUCCUUCUCAACAAGCGGCCCUGAAUAAUCAAGCUGCUACUUUGACUCUGCAAGCUCAGAAUCCCCUAGGUCUUAAUCAAACCGGUGUUCAACAACCUAAUACACUGGACUCAUGGUUUGCACUGUAUGCAGCUGCGCUUAAUCCACAAGGAGCUCAACAACAACAGCAACAACAACAACAUCCGCAACAGCAACCUCAGCAACAACAAAUCCAAGCACAACAAGACCCAAAUUCUAUAACUCAGCAAUGGUCUCAAUGGUUAAAAACAGCACAAAUGACUCAAGCUGCACAACAGCAACAACAACAGCAUCCACAAUUAGCAGUUCAACAACCUGAGUCUCAGCAAUCACAAUCGAAUCAACUGCCCGAUGCGACUGCUUUGUACUAUCAAGCUUACUAUGCUCAAUUAGCUGCUGCACAACAACAAGCAGCCGCAGCAGCUGCUGCAGCUGCCGCAACUGGUUCAACCAACGGUGCUCUAGCACCGCCUGGUAGUAAUGAUAAAUAA